GCUUUCUCUGUUGCUUUGCGUUGUUUCUAGGAAGCUAUGGAGAACACAAGAUGUAAAGUCCCAGUGUUAUAAGCGAGUCGAGGUUGUUGUGAAUAAUUUAUCCGGCUUGUCAAACUUCACUGCGGAAAGGGAAAGCUUCGGCACGGCUGAGGAAGGAGCCUCUGAGGGCUCACAUCAGCAUGGUGAACAGCCAAGCGUCAGGCGUACUGCCGGCCCCCAGGUCAUGUGCAGGAUGUGGGGGGAAGAUUGCAGACCGCUUCCUGCUCUUCUCCAUGGAGCGCUACUGGCACACUCGCUGCCUCAAGUGCUCUUGCUGCCAGGCCCAGCUGGGGGACAUUGGCACCACCUGCUACAGCAAAGGGGGCAUGAUUCUGUGUCGGAGUGACUACAUCAGACUGUUCGGGCACAGCGGGGCUUGCAGCGCCUGCGGCCAAUCGAUCCCAGCCAACGAAAUGGUGAUGAGGGCGCAGGGAAAUGUUUACCACCUCAAGUGUUUCAGCUGUGCCACCUGUAGAAACAGACUGAUGCCUGGAGAUCGUUUCCAUUACAUCAACGGUACAAUCUUCUGUGAGCACGACAGACCCGGCGCCGUCUUGCUCAACAGCCACCUGCCUCCACUUCAGAGCAACUCUGUGCUGACGGACCAGAAGGUAUGCUGAGUGGCAGGAGUGCUGCAUGUUUUCCUCCCCCUCCCUCCCGAGCUUCACUUUUCUUUGGUGCACUAUUCCUCUCCUGCUACUGUUGUUGUUGUGGACUCUCAUCUCUGCCUCACCUCUCUUCCUCGGGGAGGAUGCAGUUUCUCACCAAGAUCUUCGUCCAUCACCGUACCAGAGACUCUAUAUACCGCAUUCAGAGUCUCAUUUAUGUUGUGUUCAAUGUUAACGUGGUCUGUGCAUCAUGCAAAGACUUGAGAUUAUGUGGACUGCACUGGCAGAAGGCUUCUUCAGGACUAAGAGAAAGCAAAACAAUGACGAUGAAAACCUGCGCCAACUGGCAGAUGGAAUAAAAGAUGUCUGAAUGAACAUUUGAUGGAUUGCUGUAAAGUGACUGUCAAAGCUUUGCUUACGGCGUGUGGCAUCAUGUCCCCUCAACCUCAGUGUUUCUAAUGAACUCUUGAUCUCUCUUGUAUUUCUUCAUCUGAGAUCUCACACACUGAGUUUGGAAUAUGACAUUGAUGGGUGUCAGGCACAAAUCCAGAAAAUCUGAACAUGUUCAGUCAUGGGAGACCUUUAAAUGAGUUUUAAAAAUAGUCAGAAGUGAGAUUCAAACCCACAACAGAAACUUUUUUAACCCUUUGAAACCUGGAGUGACAUCAUUUCCCUUGCUUUUAGACGCCUUUCAAAAGUAUUUAAAUC